AUGUCUUCGGCAUCCUUUUACGACGGCCAUACCGCGGCCGCCGCCGGUGCGUUGCCCCCGCAGCCCGGAGCUCACCACCGCAGCUUUUCUGGGGCCGAGGCUCUGGAUUCUGGGCACCUUUCGCCGCACUAUCGCUCCCGGAGCAACUCCGUCCUGUCAAAUCAUCAGGCCGAUACCCAUACGCCGGCAGACUCCCUGUCCACCAUGGACCACUACCAAUCUAGUGAUUUUGGCGGAGAUGAAGAUCCCUUCUUUGGUGUCGAUUUCAGCCGCGAGGGUGGCGGCACACCGACCUUUCUUGAAGACUCCUUCGUCGCCAUCAGCCGCUCAAACAUCAGGUCGGAAGCGCACUUUCACCUCCCCGCCAACAUCUCAGCCCAGCUCAAACGCUUCCAGAUGACGCCGACCGUGAGCGACCACUCGAGCGACGAUGAGCAACAACCCACAGCCGUCAAUGCCCCUACCCUGCUCCAGAGCCCUCUCGUGACUAUUUCCGAUUGGGGCAAGGGACCAACGCCUCUGUCGCACGCUGUUGAGCGCUCUUUUGAACUGGAUACGCCAGCUCGGCCGCCCUCGUCUCACAGUACGCCUGGCGAUCUGCUGUCGGGUCCUCCUCCGCCCAUACCCGGCCCUUUUCGUAACAACUCAGGCACCUGGCUUCGGGAAUCCAUGGCAGGCCCGGGAGGUCUGGGCCCGGAGAACCGGCCCCGAACAGCAACAGAAAGCGUGAACUCUAUCGUGUCUAAACGAGAGAUUGAGGAGCGCAAGAAGGUUGUCGCCAGUUGGCUUGACCAGAGCACGGAGCAGUCCCACAUCCCCACGAAUGACCCCCGAACGAGCCUUGACGGGAUCGUUCGCAUGGGAGAGAAUGAGGAUGACGGGAUCCCACUCGGCGAUAAGACGGAGAACAGAUUUCUUCCAGAUCAGACCUACUUUCUCGGUGGGGCCGGAGCCAUGACGGCGGAGGAUCUCGAAAUAAUUUACUCUGGUCGCAACUGGGCCGACGCGCCCCAGAUCCACCCCAUCCGCAGAGGCGAAGGAUCAGGCGGCUUCCAGCCCGAAUCGUCUCGGGAUGCGAUGAUGCGGUACGAGCGCAUGUGUCGCGAUAAUGAUUCUAUCAUAUCAGAUACGGCAACAUGGGGAACCCGGCCCCAGAGUGUGGUCGCCGUGACAGACCGAGACAUUGAGGGCUUGAGUGGCAACCUACUAAAGAAGCUAACAAUCAGCCGAGGAGACCCCCGCAGGACAAGCGGCGGGCUCCUGAGCGGAAUCCGAACCCUUGUUAAAAAGCCGAGCGCGACCCUAAAGCGGUCGCUAAGUGGCCACGACGAAGCGAGCUUCACUAACUCGUCUGGCGAAAAGGCUGACUCGACUGCGCGCCUGGCCCCGCCGACGCGAACCUCGAGCUGGGGAAAGAAGCAGACUCCCAGCAUCAACACGGCGCUUGUGUCAAUGGGGCAGAGUGUCGCUGCCGUAGGGGCUGGCCAGGCCAGCCAGGCCCACGGCCGCAGCGGAUCCAUCAGCGCAACUUCUGUGACGUCGCCCAAAAGCCCCUUUGGCGGUCUGGUGGCGAAGACUACGACGACUAUCCGGCCCCGGAGCAAGUCAGAUCUGCCAAGGGCUAGUACUAGGCUGCACCCUGGCGGGCCAUCGACGUUGGCCGGCCUCUGGAGGAAAAAUGGCGGUCCUCCCGUGGGCACCAUCGCCACAUCAACCAUAACCGUAGCGCACGAUGCCGAGGAGGAAGACGACGAUGAUUACGACUUGGACGAUCACGACAUGAGAAUGGAGCCGUCCGACUCGAUGGAGUCCAUCGUUCCGACCUACGAAGGCUUCAAGGCACACAUUCUGCGACUCAACCCGGGUUUGAGCCCGGAUCAUUACUUGGUAGAGCGGAUCGCGAUGCAGCAAGUCACCAGGUACAAGCACCUGCUAAGCGCCAAGGUCAAGCACCUGCAGCAGGGCCGAGGUCUUCCGGCCAUGAUGGAGUGCCAGCUGUGUUUCCAGGCCAAGAAAUUCCAGAAGCCAUCGGACUGGACCAAGCACGUGCACGAGGACGUGCAGCCCUUCACGUGCACGUGGGAAGGGUGCAAGGAGCCCAAGAUAUUUAAGCGCAAGGCGGACUGGGUGCGGCACGAAAACGAGGGACACCGCCACCUAGAUUGUUGGGAUUGCGACGUGGAUGACUGCGCGCACAAGUGUUACCGACGGGAUAAUUUCUUGCAACACCUCGUCCGCGAGCACAAGUUUGUGGAGCCCAUCCACAAGACCAAGGGAGCGCUCAAGAAGUUUGGCGGCAACGACCCCACGUGGAAAAAGGUUGAGCAGUGCCACGUCCUAUCGGCAAAGAAGGCAGAGGAAGAGCCGUGCAAAUUCUGCAAUAGAAAGCUCCCGUCGUUCAAGAAGUUGACGGUCCAUCUAGCCAAGCACAUGGAGCAGAUUAGCCUCCCAAUCUUGCGCCUCGUGGCGGCGGCAGAGGUCACGGCCGACACAGUCGUUAGUCCGGUACAGGGCCCGCCGCGCCCGGGAUUCGGGUUCCACUCUCCCGGGGCUGGCACGCCAAUGCCUUUAUCCGGCUACAUGGUUUCCGGGUCGAGCGCCAACGACGGCCCUGGACACCACUCUACGAUGGCGACGACGACGGUACCGAUUCCCUACCAAAUACGAACCGAUGCCGCCUUCGAGUAUGACAUGAACUCGGGUUUGAGCACGGGCUCCUUCCAAGACUCGUUGUACCUCGGCGGCCAGUUUGGCGGAAACGCGAUGGAGAGCGGCAUGGCCACGGGCGGGCGGCAGCACAAUAUGGCAAACUACAGCGGCAAUCACGGUGCAUUGUAUGGGCAGACAUCCCCGGGCACGCGUCCCUUCACCCAACGCCAUCGAUCCAGCGAGUUCAAAGUCUUCCGAUCGAUACUACCUCGUAUCUCGACAGCGCCACCGGCGGUGGCCCGUACAUCGCGGUGCCCCCGGCAGGAGAUCUCUUUGGCACCAGCUCGGCAGGGCUAG